AUGACGCAUGGUGAGCUUCUGCUGCAGACGGCGGGCUUGAUAACGGUGGGGUCGCCUGGCGUAUCUUAUACCAUGCUGCAGCGGGCAGACCUUCAAGCUUCACAUACGCGGUGCAGCAAGCGCGAGACAUUCAGGAUAGACCGUACCAGGCGGACACUUCACCUGCAGCAUGAGAGCAGAUCGCACACCGAGCAGCGUGACCUCCGUAAUCACGGCGAGGAGCGUAGUGUCGUGCGCACAACGGCCAACACCAUUAUAACAACUUCAGGCAAUGUGGACGUCGGGUCCAGUUGGCAGCUGCAGUGGGCCGUGCGUGAGAUUUUCGAGCAGCCUGUAGUCCUCGAGUUCGACAACGGCGAGAUUUUAUCCCAUCGGGGAGCAGACAGCAGAAGUUCUCGGCCGGCGGCUGCGUAG